AUGAAUUUGCGAAUAUCCGGGUUUGACGACAAACUAGAACGAGAAGAGAUCAAGGAAAUUCUGGCUAAUGAGUUUCGAAAAUUUGCACCAUUUGAGAUCAAAGUAGUUCGAAAUCCUGGAGAUGAGGAAAGAUUGGCAUACGUCAAUUUUGAACGAAGAGAUUGUGCCAGAAAAGUCAGAUACACUGUAAUGGAUCGCUUAAGAAAAGUACUUGGUCGACGUGUCCUUUGUGAUCCUGCGGGAAUUCUCCGCGACCAAGAAGGAAAAUAUAUUCCCGACCGUUUCAAUCGUGCCCUUCAGGGUGAUCGAAGCGGGCGCCGUUCACCCGAUCGAAGAUCACGUCCCAAGGAACCACCCCAAUGGAGGUUGAAAGAAGACGAUUCCGAUGCUACGAGAACUCUUUUUGUUGGAAAUAUGCCAUCAGACAUAAGAGAAUCCGAGAUUCGCAAAGUUUUCGAAAGGUAUGGCAAAAUUGAGGAUAUUGAUAUCAAAACCCCGGCGAACACUGAUGCAGCCUACGCGUUCGUCAUGUUCCAGAAUCUCGAACAAGCAAUGGAAGCGAAGCAUGGUGAACAUGAUCGCUCUAUAAGACCCGGUUCGGUGCGCUGUAAAAUUGGUUACGGCAAAAGUCAGACCUCACGUCGCCUGUGGGUAGGUGGCCUAGGCUCGUGGACUACUGCAGAAGCUCUUGCUAAAGAAUUCGAUCGUUAUGGUCCAAUAGAAAAGCUCGAGUAUGAAGCUGGUGCCGAGUUUGCGUACAUCCGAUUUGCGGAUACAAAUGCUGCCACCGACGCAUGCAGAGCAAUGAAAAACUUUCCACUUGGCGGCAGGGAUAGAUGUAUAAUGGUUGAUUAUGCAAAAGACGACACCGCGAAAGAAGCCAACGCAGGGAGUGGUAGGAAAAGAAGAGCAACAAAAUCUCCAACUGGUGGACCCAGAACGCCGCCAGGAUCACCAAAACCUAUAGUGAAAACUUUUGAGGAACUCGAUGAGGAAUACGCCACAACUUGGCAAGGACAGGUGUUGCUCAAGAAGACGGAAUAUAGCAUCAAAUUGUACCGGAUAGGUGGAACUGAGAGACUUAUCCAAAAGUUAUUACGAGAUGAUGAUGGGAAUGCCGUCAAAUUGCACAUCACUCAGAGGCUGGCGCUGUCGGGUCAGGAAGGACUUUUGGAAAGGUUGACGAAUUCCUCUAGUAAACAGCUCAGUUUGAUGAUAGCAGUUGGAAAGCAUAUAGAUGAUAUUCGACCGCUAGUGCGAUAUCUUACAGAAAAAG